AUGUUUGUCGGACUGCUCUUCAUGUGGUUUCUAUCCUUCCUUGGCUCAGCCACCAUCUUUCUUCGCAUCUUCUUCUACGCACGACGAUUCAUCUUCCACGACUACAAUUUCAACAUCUGUUUCGCUGUCAUACCGAAUAUCUGGCUUUUAUGGCUCCCUGACGCACUCUUGCAUCUCUUCCUCCUCAUCCUCAUCCUCUGGAAAGCCAUCGCCACGCCACGGUCUUCACGAACGCCACUCCACGCCUUGCUAUAUAGAGAUGGGAUUGCCUAUUACUCCUCUACUCUCUUGGUAAUGUUAUUAGGCAUGGCUCUAUGGAAGUGGGGAGAUGUAGCUUGGGUUGGUGUCCCGCUCUAUGUCGGUUGGGUAGUCAUACAGAUCGCCAUGUCGAGGCUCCUGUUGAGCCUAAGGACGGUAUCUGCUUUUGAGACCCAGCAGGAGUUGGAGAUGGCGCGUGCCAGGGUGUUGUCGGUCGAUAGCCACUGUAGCUAUCAACUUGACACGUUUGCGGUACAUGGUCGCGCAACAGGCGGGAACCACGGACAGGUGGAGAGCCCGUAUGGAUAUAGAGGCCGUUCAGGGACGGAUUGGAGAGCGUCAAUUGUCGUGAGCUAUGACGAUGGAGCGACACUCGUACCGUUUCCUUCGCGUGAUCUCGAGGAGAUUGCGGGCUCUAAUGGGACGACGCCGAGCACAACAAAGAGCUAUAGUGGGCCUACAAACUUCCACCAUACCAUCUCUCGUGAUGGGUCGGAUAGAGGGAGGAAAACGCCCAAUUCGGCCUCCAGCAUGUUCGCCCCGGAUGCGAUGUCCACUCGCAAGGCAGAGAUGGAACACGAAACACGCACACGCACGCGCUUGGGUGACUACGACGUCAAUGCACGUCGUCCUUUGGAGAGAUUAUGUCGCCUAUGGUGGUGGCUCUUCACGCCUUCUCAUCCAUCCUUUGAUGACAUUACCGAAGAGGCCGACCAUGAGAGCGGUGACGAGGAAACACGUGCUGAUAGGAGAGACGAGAGAUGUUAUUGGGGUCGUCGACGGAUGCGACAGCGCGAUGCACGAAUCAGUGUCGACGCGAGCGACGUUGAAUGGUGGGACCCAGCAGACGGCGAUCCGGGACCUGGCGUCAAGGAUAGUCGAUUGGGUCGCUAUGACCAUUGGUUAUGA